AACAUCCAACUUGAUAAUUAACUCUGAAUUGAAAUAAUGCAUUUAUAACGAAGUCCAUACACACGGCAUCCUCUCUUCUCGCAUCUCUCUCUCUCUCUCUCUCUCUCGCUCUUUUUUAUAUUUACUGUUUUUAUAUCAAUCUUCGAUUCAUUUUCUUGGUUUCACUUUUAAAAAUAAUGAAAGCUAAAAAAGAGAUGAAGAAAGAGAGCAACUUAGCAAGGUUGGUGAAAUCUCCGGUUCGUUUCUUGAUCAUGGCACGUGACGCUUACAUACGUAGCAUGACGUCAUGCUCCGCCGGAUUCAUCCGCGGUGGUGGUGGCUGUGGCUCCGGUGUUUUUGGGUUACCGGCCGGUAGUUUUCAAAUCUGCGAAGCUCAAAGCACUGCUCUCCCUCGUAGCUUCACCUUAAACUCUGCCACGACAACACGUGAACGUUGUAGAUUUGUCUCGAGCGGCGGAGAAAUCUCGGUGGAGACUACGAUGGCGAUGAGACGACGGAUGGAUCUUCGGAGAAAUUAUAGCUGUGCGGCGAUGGGAAGGAUCGAUGAAGACAAGGUUUGUGAUGAGUUUGAAAUUGAGGAAUCUUUAUUCGAUUAUAGCAAAAAAAGAAAAAUCGGUGGAGUUUUUACCACUCAUCAACAAUAAAAGAAAAAACCGAAGACCAAAUUUAAAAUAUCUCUUCUUGUUUUUUUCUUUCUCUCCCAUUUCUGAUUAGAUUCAAAAUGCCAAACAGCUAAAGGAAUGGAUUCUGUGUGCAUUUUUCAAGCGUGCGUGCUUAUCAGAUUUCUUGUUUUUGUAUAUAUGUAAAGUUCAAUAUCAAAAUUCACAUAGAUCAUGGACAAAAACAAAAUAAGAAUAGGAAAAUUCAUAUAUUGAUAUGAUCAUUUAGUUCCAUAUAUCUUUCACUGAUAUUUAAGGUACUCGACUAUAAUGUCAAUUUCGAAUUUUCGAUACUGUAGUUACCUUUCAACAAACACUAUACAGUAUUGCUAUUAAAUGCGAGACAUGUUUAUGAGAUCAUGGAAAUAAACAUGUUUAUCCAAAAAAAAAAGGUCAAACAAAAAAUGAGAUUAUGUUGUCAAGGCCUUUUUUAUUUCCUAGGCGUCAGAGAAGUCCAUUUUACGCAACGUCAACACAAUAAUUGUGCGUGUACAUGGAAACAAAAGUUUUGGGGCAAUCGAAACCGGACACAAAUACGAGGUUUUCCACACAUCUAGAGUACCGUUCGAUCGAUGUGUUACAACCGUAUAAAUUUUUAUUGUUACUGAUUAAGAUUAUUCUUUUACAAAAACUUAAGAUGGAUAUUCUCAAUCAGAUUUCUCAAAUUUAUAUAAACAAAAUAUAUCAUGAAAUUUUUGUAAAAAUAACUUUAUAAAAUUAGACAGAAAAAGACUGCUUACUACUGUUAAUUAUGUUUGAGAAAAUCCGUCUAGUCCGCAUCUUUUUAUGGGUCUAAAUGCUAACCGUAGUCGACCGGGUGGACAAAUCUGUCUGCAUACCGUUAGUUGUAAGCUACUUUGAGAUUAAUGUGGAUACGUGCCAACACUUCAACUUUGUGAUUAAUGUGGAUACGUGUCAACACUUCAACUUUGCUGGUUAAAAUUUUGUUUCGACUAACGUGUGGGUUUAGAAUGUUUCGGCGUUUUGUUUUCUGUUUGUGGUUUAAUUCUAGUGUUUUUGCAUUUGCGUUGGGGGAGGGGUCCAGUAUUGUCGCUACGUUUGCACCCUCUACAUACAUCUAAUACACACACACAUGCACCCUACACAUACAUCUAACACAUACACGCCUGCACCCUAAACAUACAUCUAAUAAUAACACACACACACAUGCACCCUAGACAUUCAUCUAUACAUGUAUCCCAUAGAGUUUUUUUAGUCUACUACUUACUAUACAUAGAGAUUUAGUCUCUCGCACCGCACCAAUCAAGCGGAAGAUGAACAACGUGAAGAG